AUGGAUCAAAACAAAAUGUGGAAACCGUCCAUCAUUUGGAAUCAGUAUUCUAAGGAAGAUGCAAAAGAAAUAUUCGCCAUCCACAUUCCAAGAGCGGACAUAGAUGACGAGAUUGGUUGGAGCCACACAAAAUCGGGGAAUUACACAGUCAAGUCCGGUUAUUGGUUUCUAAGUGGAGAAAACCAACAGCAGCUUAAUAAAUCAACUUUCUGGAAUCAUUUCUGGAAAGCAGACAUUUUCCCGAAGUGGAAACACUUCUUAUGGAAAAUUUUCAACAACGCCUUGCCGACAGCGGAUAAUCUCAUAAAAAGGAAGAUAGCUGGAAUCAACCCAACUUGCUAUCUGUGCAAGUCGCAAGAUGAAACUCUAGCUCAUAUGCUUAGAGACCGCCAAAUCGCCCAAAGGAUCUGGAGCGGAUCCCUUGGAAUUGUGGCAGAAAAUGGAAAGCACCUGAAGAUUCAGGAGUGGAUAAAGAAUUUUCUCAAUCUCUUCAAGAAAAGGAAGGAGGAGUGCCUAGACAUGGAGGUUGAUUUCAUAUCAACUUUAUGGGCCAUUUGGGUGCAUCGAAAUGAAGUCAUUUUCAGAGGGGUUAUUCCAAAUCCUGAACGAAUUAUGAUGAUAGGUAAAGAUCACUCCGUCAGGUUGAAUACCAGGAAAAAGAGACAGGAUCGACAACUAGCCAAUUCCUCACAAGAGGAACACGCGGAUCACAACAAACAUCAAUUCCAAGAAUGGACAAUAGGAAAUAAAGCCUCAACCAAUGUGCAAACGCUGGUAGUUGACGGGACUUGGAAGAAAAACGUGAAAACAAACCAAUGGCAAGCAACAAUAGCAUGGAAAAAUGUGAAUAAUGACCCGAAGGAGGAAGCUGCUUCGAAGAUCUUUGCAAACUCAGCAGAACAAGCAGAAGCCUACGCUAUUCUAAAAGCAAUAGCGGAUAUGGAGUGGAGAAGCCCAGGUCUUAUAAUCAAGACGGAUAAUACGGAAGUUAUUACGGCCUUGAAGAGCAACAUUACCACCAAUAAGAACAUCGAUAACAUCAUCAAGGACAUCAAAAGAAUAGCAAAUAGUUACAUUUUCAUUUCUUGUAUCAAGGUAGGUAGGGAAGAGGUCAAGUUAGCGCAUAAACUUGCUACUCAAGCAAGGAAAAGCUAA